AUGGCGGUAGAAUAUCUAAAAACACUGAAUUUGUUCCCGAUUUUCCUAUUGAGACUGGUGCUGAGGAAAUCCAUAUAAAAAACAGUUUAUAUUAUGAUUUAGUAUUAAGAGUAGGUGCUAAAAUAUUACCUGAUACUAAUUUAAUACAUUAUAUAGAAGAUAUAAACGGAGAAAAACUAGUUGAAAGGGAGAAAUUUUUCGAAAAAUAUAAAUUAAAUGAAUUUUAUGAUAAAGUUGUUGAAUAAGUCGAAAAUAUAGACUAUAAUGAAAAUGUCUAAGAUUUUUUUUAAAAAAAUGGACUAAAUGAAUCUUUUUUGGAGAUCUAUGAGCCUUUUUGGGGAGCAGAAAACGGAUGCGAAUUAAAAUAAAUGUCAGUUAAGGCUUAAAUUGAGUAUGAUUAGGGAUGGUAAAGUGACCACGACGAUAAUUUUUUGGUCUAAAAUAUGUCUCAUUUUGAUGUUUUGGGUAAAGCUUUUGAAAAAGAGAUUGCUUUAAUAAAAUAUAAUAAGGCAGUGGAGCAUAUUAACUAUCUAAAAGAUGAUUUAGUGGAAAUAAAAACAGCUGAUUAGGCUAUUUAUGUAUGUAAUGCAGUUAUAAUUACAGUUCCUUUGA